GCUGCGAACGCUGCGAACGCGCAUGAGACAGAGGGCCAGGGUUCCCCGCUACCCUAAAGGAGACGACCUCGGCAUCCCUGCCAUGACGCCACAUUGUAUCUUCGAUCAGGCACGAACGUGACAGUAUGCGAUUGUCAACUAAGGCAGGUGCUAGCACACACGGCGUCUUUGAAUAGGCUUGGUGUUUUGGCGAUUGGCAUAUAAGAUGUCCUGCAUAUGGCCGUCCAAGACAGGCUGGUAUCCACUACCAAUAACCACAGCCCCGCAGCUCUUCAUACGACACAGUCGUUCCAUACCACAUCAGUGUUAAGCAACGAUAGGAAUUGGCAACAUGGCAGCUCCAUCAAGUGCUGAUAUCAAGAAUCUCCAAGGAAAAUGGGUCAUGAACAAAUCCCUUUCCGAUGCUUUCGAUCCUGUUCUCUCUUUACAAGGCAUCGGCUGGUUGACACGAAAAGCCCUCGGCGCUGCAACGAUAACCCAACACCUUUACCAAUCUCCCACAACAGGCGAGGACAACACCCCAACUACGCACAUAAAGAUCGAUCAACUCAUCACCGGCGGUCUCAAGGGCUCCGUCGAGAACCGCACGUUGGACUGGCACUACCGCGAGCACACUGACUGGCUCUUCGGCACCGUCAAGGGACGAUCUCGCUACUCUACCAUGGCCAAGACAGUGGAAGAAGGAAAGAGUGGAGGUGCAAAGGAGGAAGACAUCAAGUUUUUGGCUGAAGGGUGGCUAAAGGAGACGGAAGACGGAGACAUCGUUGAGAGCUACGUGGAUAAUGAGGGGAAUGCUUGGACUGCGUGGCAAAUCUGGGGGUUUGCAGAUAUUGGUGGUGAGAGGAAGUUGACGAGGAAGUUCGUGGUUAGGAAGAAGAACAAGGAUGAGGUUGUUCGGGUUAGACUCGUGUAUGACUACAUUGGCGCGUUGGAGUCCGAGUAGGGACUUAGGCGAUGGUGUUGUACAUAUGUGCUGUAUCAACCAGCAAAUUGCUCGUGAAAAUCACAAAGGUUGACCUAUGCAUGCCAUGACCAUAUUUGGAUCUCAGGACUGGCUUU